AUGCCAAGCACGGUGGCGAGGGAACGCAACAAGGCCGCGGUGCGGCGGCUUUUUGCACGGGAUCAUGUGCCAUCGCCGGCACCGUGGAAGUGCCAUACUGUGCACUGCGCCGACGGGACGCUGCCGCCGGGGAUGCACUUGAGCAAACAGUGCGAGCUUGCACAUGAGGUGGGGCGCGGGACUGCCGCCGCCGUAGCAGUUGCUGCAGCCGCAGCAACUUCAUCCCCGCACAGCCGCGCAGUGGACUACGGCAACCCUUUUUGCUCUUGCUACUCCAUGAAUCGAAAGAUCGCGCGUCACGAGUGGGCGACAAGCAGGGCGGAAAAGGGGAAACUACAGGGCGGCCCGCUUAAUCCCCAUAAAAGCGCUCGGGAGCGGCGGGCUGCGAUAGAGCACGAGGAAGCGAUACUCCGCUACGAGUUAUCCAUUCCGCGCCGGCGCGUUGCGGGUCAUCUCCUGCACCUCACCGCGGCGCAGCUGAGCACUUCUCAGCCGAUGCCGAGAGCCCGUACCAUGGACCGCCUCGUGGAGCAUAGAAAAGGCUGCUGGGUGCUUCACAACCCCUACCGACAGCAGCUGCUCCGCGGAGAGCCCGUCAUGACUCGCAUCAUGCACGGGGAGUUCUACGAGCCCCAGCGCAAUGAGCAAAACACAAUAAAUUUUUCACAAGCCAACAAGCGCCACGUUCAGGUGGCGAGCAGCAUAAAUCACGCCAUGCAUUCCAGUAGGAACACAAGGUGA